AUGGUCCACGGAAGAGAUUCAAGCCAAGCUCUAGUCGAACGGGAGCAGCUGUACGAUAUACACGGACAUUGCCUCCUAGCGAUCGAUCGGGUCACUUUGACAGAGCUCCUGCUUAACGAGCUAGAGAGUCUCCCGAACGUCAAACUCUUUUUCCGACACAAGAUCACAACGAUAGAUCUGAAGCAACAGCAGAUUCAGGCAAAAGACGAAAACUUGGCAGAACGGCACUGUCAAAAUCACCAUCUAGAGCAACAGGACAUAUCGCAGCAUGUCUUCGAUCUGCUCCUAGGAUGCGAUGGUACUCACAGCGCCGUUCGCACUUCUAUGAUGAGAUCUUCUCGCCUAGACUACUCCCAGACCUGGGUCGACAUCCUGUGGUGCCAGUUCACCAUACCCGCUGCCACCGCGGGCUCAUUCACUACUCCUUCUGCAUCGAAUGGCUUCUCCGUGAGUCCUGAUCAUCUGCACAUCUGGCCAAAUAAUGAGAUGAUGUUAAUGGCCAUCCCUGCGGCGGAUAAGUCGACAGCAGGCACGCUCUUUGCUUCCUUGAGUACGUUUGCCGAGUUGGAGCGCAACCCUUCUCAAGUCGAGCACUUUUUCAUGCGAAACUUUCCAGGAGCGGCAGAGCUCAUUGGCCUCGAAAGUAUACGGAAGCAGUUCGAGAUGAAUGCGCACGAGCCGCUCAUCAGCAUCAAAUGUUCUCCCCAUGUCUACGGCUCAUGCGCCGUUAUACUUGGCGAUGCGGCCCACGCUAUGGUUCGUUUCUACGGCCAGGGCGUCAAUGCCGGUCUGGAAGAUGUGCAGGUGCUGUUUCGCUGUCUGAAUGAAUCCGAGGCCCUUGAUUUAGGGCUCGGACACGCCCUGGAGUGCUACAAUGCUGAGCGGGUUGCCGAUGCGCACGCUAUCAAUGAUCUCGCCAUCUCAAAUUACUGGGAGAUUCGUGCCGGAGUACGGUCUCGAUACCACCUCUUGCACAAGGCAUUCGAAGAAGUCAUCUCUCGGUACGCUCCAUUCACUGGCUUUGUCACGCAAUACAGCCGGGUCAGCUUCAGCAAUCAGCGGUACUCCAAGAUUAGCUAUCACGGCCAUAUUGGCCCCACUGGUGAUACUCCUGGCCUGGCUCGUCUGGAAGAUACUUUUGUGUAG